CGGUGCAGAGUAAUUCGCUACUUCUCUUUUCCUUGCCUCUCUGAGGAGAUUCAUUUUUACUUCGCAGACAGACUUGUUUACCGGUUUUCAACUGGGGAAAUAACGAAAGAGUGGAUGCAAAGAAUGUGAAGCAAUAUCCGUUAAGAUGGAGUCUCUUAACCAUUCGGCCUCCAUUCUGCCUUCCUGCACCUACAAGGAGGACUUCAAGCGCUUCCUCCUCCCGUCCGUCUACAGCCUGGUCUUCAUCUUUGGACUGCCGCUCAACUUCAUCAUCAUCCUGCAGAUCUGGGGCUCCCGGCGCGCUCUGACGCGGACCAAAAUCUACAUGCUGAAUCUAGCGGUGGCGGACUUCCUGUACGUCUGUUCCCUUCCGCUUCUCAUAUACAACUACGCCAGCAAAGACUACUGGCCGUUCGGAGACUUCACCUGCCGCUUGGUUCGCUUCCAGUUCUACAGCAACUUGCACGGAAGCAUCUUCUUCCUCACCUGCAUCAGCUUCCAGCGCUACAUGGGCAUCUGCCAUCCGCUGACGGUGUGGCCCAGACAAGGUGGACGCAGGCUGGCGUGGUUGGUCUGCGCAGGCGUCUGGGUGGCCGUCGCCGUUCUCUGCGCUCCAACGUUCGAGUUCGCCGCCACGGGCAUCCAGCGCAACCGCACGGUGUGCUACGACCUCAGCGUUCCAGAGCGCUCCACAGCAUACUUCCCAUACGGCAUCACUUUGACCUGUCUGGGCUUCGUCGUGCCCUUUCUAGUGAUCGUAGUGCUGUACAGCAAAAUGGCACGGGUUCUCUGGCAAGUCGGCGAAGCCCGAGAAGCCUCGGCCAUUGAGAAGAAGAAUAAAGCCAUGAGGAUGAUCAUCAUUGUAAUGCUGGUGUUCGCCAUCAGCUUUUUGCCCUUCCACGUGACCAAGACGCUCUACCUGCUGGUGAGGACCUUUCCCACAGCCCCCUGCGAACUGAGGAACCUGCUGUCUGUGGUCUACAAAUGCACCAGACCCUUCGCCAGCAUGAACAGUGUUCUGGACCCCAUUCUGUUCUACUUCACCCAGCCGCAGUACAGACGCAGCACCAGGAGUCUGCUGCGCCAGAUCACCUCGCUCAGAGACAAGGCUGGCCAAAUCUGACUCGAGCACACCUGCUUUGGUCGAAAGUUUCUGAAUGCUAAAGCAAGACACUACAGUCAUAACCAUUGUUAUGUCCACUGGACAUAUUUGAGUUUUUUUAUGCUAAAGUUUACAAAUUAGUACCUUUUUUAAAAGGUUGCCACCCUAGUAACAGUAUUGUACCUUUAUUUCUGAGAGUGUAGUGGGG